AGAAAUUCCAUUUUUGUGAAGAAGAUUCAUAUGCAGCUUCCUCGAAAGUGCCCAGAAGACUUUCUCUAACCAGGCAACUUCAGUCAACCUCUACCAUCACUCGUAAAGUUGCAAAUUGCAAACCGUGUCUAGCUACAUGCUUCAAUUUUCAUCUCUAAAUCUGCAGCACCGAUCUCCAUGGCUGUUCGAUGCCCACCACUGACGCCCACAACGGAGCCCCUGCUGAAAUUCAACCAUACCCCCAUAUAAAAAGCCUGAAGAGCUCCUCCACCAUCUCACAGGCUUCAAGUUUUGAAUUUGAUCAUGGCGAUGGACCCUUUUCUGGCCAAUGAACUAGCUAAUGCCACUGGGAAUCUAUUAUCUGAUUGUGUGGAAGGAGUAGCGAAUUAUGUUGGAGAACAUAAUGGUUUGUUAAACAGAUUAGAACCGGAGGAUAAUUUUGAGUCAAUAUUGAAAGAAGAAGCAGAGAGGCUACGGGCUUUAAGAGAUGAUAAUGAGCAGGAAAUCCGGCAAAAUAAAACCAAAACUACCUCUAGCUGUUACAACCAGUGGCUUGGUAGUGUGACCAAAAUUCUUCCAGAGCUGGAAACAAUACAAGCUGAAUAUGAACAACAAAGGAAUGUAUUGAUAGAGUGUGCCAUUGGAUCAAAGUUUUGGGAAAAAGUGACAAAUAUUUUGCAAAGAGUCCAAAAGCUUAUGGAAGAGGGGAAAUUUCAAGGUUUUUUGAUUGAUAAACCUCCAGAACCUGUUAUAAAGCUGGGAUCAGUACCAGACAUCAAAGCAACUGCCACACUUCAAGGACAUUUGGAGGAGAUACUAUUGUUGCUAAGUUGUGAAGAAGUGAAGACCAUUGUGAUUUGGGGGCCACUGGGCGUCGGGAAGACCACAAUAAUGCAAAACUUGAAUAAUCAUGAAGAGGUUGAAAAGAUGUUUCAAAUGGUAAUUUGGAUAACGGUAUCAGAGGAGAGGACUAUAGAGAAGCUGCAGAUGGAGAUAGCAAGUCGGCUUAAAUUGAAUUUGCAAGGCACUGAAACUGCCCACGAAGUUGCUAGAAGCAUAUCAGAAGAGUUGAAAGAUAGAAAAUACUUGCUCCUCCUAGAUGAUGUCAAGGGUGUCAUUGAUCAUGAUCAGCUGAGUAAUAUUGGUGUCCCAGAUAACAAAAAUGGUAGUAAAGUGGUAUUAACAACUGAAGAUCUUAGAGUUUGCUCUAAGAUGAAAUUAGUGAGGAACAUAGAGGUUGAAAAAUUAACUCAACGUGAGGCGUGGGAGAUGUUUAAACAGAUAGUAACUGAUCAAAAAAUUAAAAUUCCUGGCAUUAAACCAGUUGCUCAGCGGGUUGCCAAGGAGUGUGGUGGACUCCCCCUUGUGAUAAGUUCAGUGGCCAGUUACUUUAAAUUGAAAAACAGUGCUACUGAAUGGAGGAAUGGCCUGGAAGAGCUCAGAAAUGGUACUGAAGUUGGGAUCCCACAUUUAACACAAAUACAAGCAUUCUGGAAGUUUUGUUAUGAUGACUUGAAAGAUGAAAACAAAAAGGGAUGCUUCCUUUAUGGUGCACUGCAUCCGGCAGACACAAAGAUAUGCAAACCUGUUCUCUCAGAAUCUCCAAACUGCCCAUCUAUGGAGGGGUCAUUCAAGCACAAGAAGGAGAAAAUUGUAGCAAAGGAUGAAAGCGACCAAGAACCGGAGGAUAAAUUGCCAUUUAGUGUUGAAAGAGAUACCAAUGCAAGUUCUAAGCAAAGGGUGGUAGUGAAGGAAGAGAUGCCAGGAGGAGAGGAAUGGCAUGCCAAUGCAAUCUUUUUAACUGAUUGCAAACCUGUUCUCUCAGAAUCUCCAAACUGCCCAUCUAUGGAGCGGUCAUUCAAGCACAAGAAGGAGAAAAUUGUAGCAAAGGAUGAAAGCGACCAAGAACCGGAGGAUAAAUUGCCAUUUAGUGUUGAAAGAGACACCAAUGCAAGUUCUAAGCAAAGGGCGGCAGUGAAGGAAGAGAUGCCAGAAGGAGAGGAAUGGCAUGCCAAUGCGAUCUUUUUGACUGAUUGUAAACCUGUUCUUCCAGAAUCUCCAAACUGCCCAUUUAUGGGUUUGCUGUCCUUUGAAGGAUGCAAAGCCCUAAGGACCAUCCCUUCUUCGUUCUUCAAUCGAAUGCCUGUCCUGAAAUCUUUGAAUUUGUCGCAUACCAGCGUCAGGUCUUUGCCAGUAUCUCUUUUCAAAUUGGAUUCACUUGAAAACCUCAUUCUAAGAUGUUGUAAGCUCUUCGUGGAAUUGUCACCCCAAAUUGGGCAGCUUCAUAAUCUCCUGAAGCUUGAUCUUGAUGACACUCAGAUUGUGGGUUUGCCAAAAGAGAUUGGAAUGCUGUCCAAUUUAGAAAUUUUGAAAUUUUCGCUUGAUGAAUGCAUGAACUGUGGAAAGCAGUUGCGGCAAAAUGUAUUAAUUCAACCUGGGACCAUUAAAAGUCUCUUUAAGUUGACUGAAUUAAAAAUUGAUGUGAAUCCAGAUAGUGAAGGAUGGAACGCAGUUGAGGAAGUUGUUGUGGAGGAAGCCUGUAGCUUGAAAAGAUUGAAGUCCCUCACGUUAUACCUGCCACAUGUUCAGAUUUUGGGAAAACGCAGGGCAGGAAGCACAUCUUUGAAUUUUUAUCCCUUGUCUUCAUUCAGGUUUACUAUUGGGCAGCAUAGACAGCGCAUCUUCUCUCGAGUACCGGAAAAAGUUGAAGCUCACUUUGAAAAGUGGGACAAAUGCUUGAAGUUUGUUAGGGGCAGUGAUAUCUCAAGUGAGAUGAAAAGGGUAGUUGGAUACACAAAAGCAUUCUACCUCGAACGUCAUACCUCUGCUAGAAGCUUGUGUGAUUUCGGGAUUGAGAAUAUGGAGAACCUAGAGUUCUGCUUAUUGGCAGAAUGUAAUAAAAUCCAGACCAUCAUAGAUGGUGGAAAGCCUCAUGAAGAAGAACAAACUGAUAUGGUUGAAGGUGAGGCAACCAAUUGUGAAUCAUAUUCUGCACAAGAACCUGCACUUUUGAAUCUACAGUUCUUGCAUAUCUAUUACCUGGAACAUUUAGAGAGCAUUUGGAGCAACCCCACCUAUGAUAAGCCAUGUCUAUCUGCCUUGAAGUUCCUAGAACUCCAUACAUGCCCGAAGUUGGAAGUCAUUUUGUCACCAACUUUGCUUACAAAUCUUGGAAAAUUGGAAGUGCUUAUUGUUAAAGACUGCCCUGAAUUGAUCAGCAUAGUAAGCCGAGAAAGCAAUGCAUCAUUUAAGUUUGCAUCAGAUUGUUUUCUUCCUCGUUUGAAAAUGAUGCUGCUUCUUUUCCUUCCAAAAUUGGAAAGCAUUUCUAGGGAAUUUCACAUUGCACCAAAACUGAAAAUGAUAGGCUUUUAUGAUUGCUCAGAGCUUAGGGAUCUUUGUAAAAGGGAAUUAUCAAGUGAAAAUUUAGAAGUGAUCAAAGGAGAAAGGAAGUGGUGGAAAGCAUUGAAGUGGGAAGAAUCAGAGUGGGGGAAUCACCUUGAUUAUCUUCAUACCAUUUUCUCCCCAAUCGAUGAAGAUGAUCAUGUCAUGACACAAAUGGAAGAGACAUAUAAGUCCAUCGAAGGCAUUGCAUACCUUGGUAAUUUUCUGUUCAAUUCAAGGCAUUUUUUAUUUAGUGUUUGCUUGUAUCAGUAUAUUUAUAUCUAGGCUCAAUUUGCCAAACAACUAACUUUGCACAAUUAGAAAUGAAUGGAUAAAAGUAACAUCCUCAUCAUCUAGUGUGCAUUAAUUCAAAAUCUCCUGCUACUGUACUCUAUUUUCAUAUCCUAAAUGAAAUGAUACUAUAAUCUUUAAUCUGAGGAAUGAACAAGAGAUGAUAUAUUUGCAUUAAGUCUAAUGAUUCCAUACUCCUUGUAGUUUAACAGAGCUGUAUUACUGAUAUUCUACAGAUUUUUGGAUUCUCAUUGCCUUUUAUUGGAUGAGUGACAGCUCUUGGAUCUACACCAUAAAUCUAGGAUUAAAUGCAGAACCAUGACAUUGGUGUUGUUGGUUGCUCAAAUAUCAGAUGAGGUCACAGAGGUGGUGCGGAACUUAAGCUUCUGAAUUUGGUUGAUAGUUUGUUUUAUGUAAAGUAGUGUUGAACCUCGCAAGUUGCAUUUCUUCGAAAUUUAAGUGAUGUAAGCCCAGCACUUGAGAUUCAGGGCAUAUUUUUUAAGAGAUGUAAUGUCACAAGGAAUUGCAAGACUGGCUUUAUAUUGCUGUGUAAAUAGUGUUGCUUUCCUCCUAAUGGCCCCUUUCAUGUUCCAUAUUCUGAAAGAUUUAAGAGUUCUAUUUAGGGUAAGACUGGUUUUAUUAUUAAUUCCUCGGAAUUCUAAUUCAAU